AUGAGGCAAGUGUUGAGCGCGCUGGCCUGGGCCGUCGUGCUGCUGGCCGUGGCCGUGGCCGCGAAACACAUUGACCAUGCCACGCCAGACACUUUGCCCUUGAUCAGCCCAGACGAGUUCUCUUGGGACCAUCCUCUUGUGCAGCGUAUGCUGUGGGAAGGCCGUAACGAGACGACCAAGAGCAAGCACGACAAGCACGACAAGCACGACGCACCCCGAAGAAUCAUCAAGCGCACCAACAUCGAGGGCCAGCAGGUUGGAGGCAAGCACUGUCUCGGAUGCGCAGGGGGCAUGGUCCCCGCAAUGCCAACCAUCGACGAAUUGACCAUCGACUACCUCGAGAACCAGAUGUUGAAGACUGAGUCUGACCUGCGCGACCGCUGCGUCUUUUACACUGGAGUAACCAAUUCCGAGGCUGCCAUCAAUUCGUGGACUCUCGAGCCAGGCGCUGACCGACCUGGACUGUCUAAAACGGCGACUGCAUUCACUUGUAGCAAGGGGAUGUACUCUAUCUGGCAACUCUGGCCCGGUGGGACUGCAAACGUGCAGCCCAACCCACCGCCUGACAAUGAGCACACGCCCAAUUUCUGGGAGGUCUUUCUCAAGGACAGCUGGCUCCAGAAAGUGGCACCAAAGCCCAUUUGCUUCAAGUACUUUGAGAACAUGUCCUCAGCCAUGGCCAGGCGCUGUAAGGGCAAGGUCUACGUCAUGUCUUUGAAACCUCUGGACCUUCCUGGGUACGGCCAGGGCACGGAGGCCAACAACAACGCCCACAGCAUCUGGAACAAUUACGAGUGGCCUACGCUCAAAAACAAUGGAGGCGUCACGCAGCUUAUCGGUCUCACGGCCAAGGGUCCCAACGGCGAGGUGGGGGACAUGUGGGAACUGAACAUGUCAGACCUCUCGAAGAAGGGGCCAUACACAGGGGCGGUUCCACGGGGGCUUGGAAAGCGUGACACAUGCACCAACAACAGGGCUUACCAGCCUCCAGGCCAGGAUUGGUUCGGUACAGGUCGUUUUUAA